AUGGAAACUUCUGACCAGGAAAAUAAAGCUCUUGACGCAUCAAUCGAAUCCGUUUCCGUCAUCAAAAAAGUUGAUACCUUGGCCAAGAAAAUUACAUCUCUCCGCGGAUCUACAAAUAUCGGCACCUCAAAGUACAUCAAAGAUAAAUUUGGUGAGGAAGUCCCAGCUCUUGGACAGAAGUGGUGGUCAAAUAGUUUAGCUGAUCCUCCCGCGAAAGGCGUCCACGAAGCAAGACAUUUUCCAGAAAAUUGCAUCACCUUUGACACCAAAUAUACCAUCAACUACUACAACGAAGAAGGUGUACCAAUCGAAAGCCCUAUUGAAGAAGCCAUCGAGGAACCUAUUCGAGUAAAGAAAUUAAUGUGGAACAGAGAAAGAGUCUCUGAGCCCGCUGAUACUGUUCCCGCCAGCGAUCUAGCGAUCAAUCCCCGAGAGCUUAUCGAAAUGGAAUCAGAUACCUUAAAACACCCAAAACAGUCCGCCAACAACGAUCACUUUAACGAUAAUUCUGAAGUUGAUCCUGCACCCAUCCAAAAUCAAUUUGCAGACGAGCCUACUACAAUGCCAGUCAUCAACCAUCAAGAGAAAUAUGCAACUAGUGGCAGCUACGAUAUCAAUUCCGAAAUCGGUCACUCAGCUUUUGAAAAUCAACGCGCGGGAGAGUCUUUCACUGCAAUGCCAGUUUCUCACGAUCGGGAGAAAUCUGCGAUUGAAAACAGUUUCGGAAACAAAAUCUCUAAUACUAUGAGGAACUUGGCUGCUAAAGGACUACAGGUGGUCAAUGAUUUAGAUGAGAAAGCUGCUGCUCGCGCUCAAUUUUUCGAUGACAUAGACGAUCAAUAUACAGAUGACCACAUUGCAGCAAUGACUGCCACCAGGCGCCAUGACAAGUCUUCCACUAGUAGCAGUCUGGGAAGCAGAGUCUCUAGCACCAUGCGCAACCUGGCUGAAGUUGGAUUACAAGUCAUUCACGAUCUAGAUGAGAAAGCCGCUCGUCACGCUAGAUUCUCUUUGGACAGUCCAAUUCCAAUGGAACCAAAGCCAGUAGUUACGAAUCAAGCAAAUCCUUUCGAAAAGUUUCUACUCACCAUCAAGCGACGAGGUGGACAUAGGAAGACAACCAGCUGUGACAUGCCUAGAAACAGAAUUGAAGGAGAUUUGUUUGAAUCACCAAUCGCCUCACAGAGACCUGGACACAGAAAGUCUCUAUCGGGCAGCUCCUAUGGUUUUGUGAAUAACAUGAAAAGUGUUGGAACCAGUCUUGCAAGCUUUAGCAUUGCACCACGUUCAAGAACAGGCAUGUCAUCUCGCCAUCAACGAACUGACUACAGCAGUAGAGCAUCCUAUGCUGGAAGAGCGUCUGAAGAUAACGGAAAUUGCUUAUCACGGGCAUUUAUCCUCGACAAGGAGGUAAUUAAGCGCAUGGAACAACGUCAAGGUGUUAUUGAGGAAAUUCUAUCCACCGAGAAGGCAUACCUUGAUGAUAUUCAAGCUCUCAUACGUGUCUUCGAAGGUCUCCUGAUCACCAUUCCCAUCCUCUCACAAAGCUUACGCAAGUCCAUUGUUAUUACUCUCAAGGACAUCUGGAACCACAAUAACGAACUCUAUAACGAACUCGUCACAGUUGUGGCUAAUACAAAUAAGUCUUCCGGUGUAGGAGUGGUUAAUCCACCGAGCCACCCUCCAGUCAAGGGACACAAGAGAUGGCAAAGUCUAGGCGAAGCACCUGCUUCGAAUCCUACCGAAAGCCGUGGUCGACACAUUGGUGAUCCGAAGGUUGCGGGAGAGAUUGCAAAGGUCUUUUGUGGAAAGAUCCCGGGAUUGUUCUUGUAUGAAUCUUAUGGAAUCAUGCAUAGUGAGGUUAUGAAGCAGAUCCAUACAUCGUACAGAACUACGGAUGAGUGGAAAGAUUUCAAUCAAGCCAUUCGAUCAACUGAGGAAAUGAUCAUCUCUACUGAUAAUCGAGAGAAUGGCUCCCGCAAAGGAAGACAUUUUGAUGAUUACUUCAUUAAGCCUAUCCAUCGUAUCGCUAGAUACGAAGUUUUGUUUGGUCGUCUCCUAGAACAAAGUCCCGUCUGCGAUUGUCCAGAAUCCUCUACCACCGUUGAGACUGCGCUUUUCCGACUCAAAGAAGUUCACAAGACGAUGAAUUCCGCCGCAGGAAAUCAUCAAAAAGCAACUGCGAUGUCAAGAACAUGGCUAUUGCAAGAUCGUCUACUAUUUACAAGCCAGCCGGAAAGUAGAUCUCGUGAUAAGGUUCGUGUGCUUGAGCAGAAUCAUUUGUGUGGUGUGCUUCAUGUUUGUUGGCAGACGCAAGACACGGUUGCAGGUCGUAAUAUUACUGGACAGUACCUCGUAGCUCUCAUGUACGAGAAAUUCUUCGUUCUUGCUCAGCCUUCUGGAACGCAAGAUGAGAUUUAUGCUAUUCAGGCUUGUAUUCCGAUUAGUGAACUCACUGUUGAGGAUGUUGAUAACGGUAAAGGUAUUAGCUAUUCUUCUCGCUUGGUUUCUCCGAGCUCCAUUGCUCUGCACAGAAAUUCUGACAUGGAAUACCUAGGCUUACAAUGUCACACGGCGCCCCAUUCCUGGAAGAUUGUAUUCGAGCACAUCUCUCAACUCUUCGAAAUGAUAGUCAGCGCAUGCUCUGCAAAGGAAGAAUUGGAGUGGAAGAGCCGUUUGAUCGAUCGUUCUGGCAAGCAAUGCAAUAGCACUGUUCAGCAAGAAAUGACAGCAUCAUUGUCACUUGAUAUCAAGCCGAUGGGAACGGUCUACGGAAAGCCAGGUACUGUUGCUCGACGCAACUCUAUACACAGAGCCACAACAAUGAAAGGUCAAACCACCAUUCCUCUUAGCGUUAUUGUGAGAAACACUUGCGCCACAGUCGAACCAUCUCUCUCAAGCUCCGCUUCCCAGCUCUCGAUCAACAGAUCCCAUUCUCUAGCUGGUCCACAUCGCCCUACAAUCCUCGCUCCAUCCCGCACCGAGCGCGUCCGUCUCGAAACCCUUCUCGCCGACGUCUGGACCCGCGACAUCAUCCCUUACCCCGGCAUGGGCUCCCGACCCCACCGCGAACACACCGUCCGAGCAUCCGCAAGCUCUAUGAUGCGCAAGAUUAGCCACGCGAGUAUCUCCAGCAUCACCAAGCGCUCGGGUAGUAUCGCCAGUCUUCACAAGAGCACAGAAGAUCACACGGCCACCGAGCUGGAUAGUCUCCGACCCAUGGUUCUCAAUCGCCAAGCUCGUCUCAGCUCUAGCGAUAGUAUGCCAUUGCCCGAAGAUGAAUACUCUAUGUGCCAGGAUACAAGCGCUGGAAGACAUAGCUCACGACUUGCUGUGAUUAUCGAUGAGAAGGAGGGUAGUACUGGUACGGGAGCUGCUCGCUCUGCAACUGCCAGUCCAAUCAUGGCGCGUCUAGCGAGUUUCAGGAGCAAGAAGAGCUCGGGAUCGUUAGAUGAUUCGUUGAAUUCGAAGCGUUCUUCUGCUUCGAAAUCUCCGUCUGGAAAGAGUUCGUUGGCUUUACCGAUUGUUACGGCUGCGCAUGGAGAGGAGGUGAGAAAGGAGAAUGUGUUGCAUUCGUCGAUGAUGGUUGAUAAUAGUAGUGGUAGAGAGGAAGCGGCAGGAGAUUUGUUGCAGGCGCAGCAGAGAAAGGGGAGAAAUAGAGCUAUGUUGAUGGAGGGAUUUAAGAAUCUUUUCCGUUAG